ACUAACUUCAAUCGUGUGUAGCGGUUAAUUCGAUUCGGCGAAGUCGAAGAGUUCGACAAUAUGACUGAACUCCAGUAAAGAUUACCACCCAUGGCACAGGAACGUGUAGAUAAUGUGACCAAUCUUGAGGAUGCCUCCUUUGCACGCCUGGCAGCAGAGAAGGAGCAGGAAUGGCGCCUCCUACAGGCAAUGCAUGCCCAAAGUCUGGAGGAUCGGAUCCAGGAGAAAGACAAGAUCUUGAAGGAGCAGCAGGAGAAGUUUCAGACACUCAAAGAAGAUUUUAAAUUCAAUCUGAAGCUUCUUGCAGAGAGGGAUCAGGAAUUAGAUCGGCUUGAGGUGACGCAGGAGCAACUAAGAGCCAGAUUGCAGUCCAGAGAGGCAGGAGUGAGCCAGCUCAAGAUUCAGAUCGAUGAGCUGAAGAUUAGAAGGGCUCAGGAUGAAAGGUCUAUGGAGGAUCUCCAGAGGCACUAUCAACAGAGGGUCAGGGAGAAACAGGCUGAGGUGGAGCAAUACAAGAUUUCUAAGGAUGUUGAGCUGCAGACAGAGCGAGAUGAGUUGGAGGCACUGAGGCGUGACAUGAAGCGGAGGAUCGGUGAGGUUGAGGAGGACCUUGAGAUUCAGCGCAGGGAGAUGUCGGCUGGGUUUGACGAUGCUUCCAGGAGGAGAGAGAAGGAGUAUAGGACCAAGAUUGAUGAGCUCAGCUCAACGGUGCUCGCACAUGAAAUGAAGGCCAAGCUAUUGAGCAGGGAGUUGGACCUGGUGAGAGGGGCCAGUCAACAGACCUCUACAGAGCUCAAGACCAGUGACACCAAGAUGGACGGCCUCAAAAAGAAACUCAAACAGACAGAAUGGGAGCUGAGUGACCUCCGAGGCAUGAAAGAUGCAAGAAUUGCAGAGCUUGAGUCUCAGUUGCUACAUGCACAGCAAGCAGUAGAGAGAUCUGAGGAGGAAUUCAACAGAAAACACAAGGAGCUGGACCGCUAUGCCAGGGAGAAGGAGACUGCUGUGGUGGGCUUGAAGGAGUCCCAGGUGGAGGCAGAGAGGAAGCUCCAUGAGGAGAUUAGGAGACUAGAAGGAGCCCUGGAGGCCAGGGAGGUGGAGAGCAGGAGGGAGGCAUGGGAGCACCAGGAUGCAUUAAAGGAUAAAGGAAUGCUCGUUGAAAGACAUCAGCAAGAGUCGAGAGAACUAAGGAACCAACUUGAUGGUCAAGUGUCCAAAGUAUCCAAAGACUUGGUGUCAAAAGACCUGGUGAUUGAGUCACUGCGAGACAGAGAUGGCAAACUGAGGGCAGAACUAGAAUGCCGCAAAGAUGACAUAGAGAGAUACCAGAAGGAGCUAGUUGUGGCAGCAGAGAAGGAGCAGAACAUGGAGCGCACCAAGGCCCAGCUGGAGCUGGACUGGCAGAGGAGAUACGAAGAUGCAGAGAGGAACCAGUAUGCCAAGUCGGAGGAUCUCAUCGCUAGGCUCACCAAGUCAAGAGAUGAAGCUGUUGCACUGACUAGGGAACUAGAGAGGGAGCUCCAGCAAAGAGAUGAUUUGAACAGGGUCUUAGCGAGAGACAGGGACCAAGCUGUAGCCACGCUGAGAAAACACAAGCUAAAGAUUGACAGAGAUAUGAUUCCAAGUCGAGAUACCGGCAUGGAGGACACCCACUUGGAGUCCAGGCAGGCUGAGGAGCUUCAGGCCCAGAAUGAAUCUCUCAUCGCAGUCAUCAGGGAUAUGAAGAGAGAGAUGGAAGAGAUGGAAAGCCAUGUGGACAGAAUGAAGAAAGAUGGAUUGAACCCCUAUGAGAGAGGAGAUGGGUCCAUCAUACCCAGAGGACCCAGAGGGGAAAGCACAAAGGAUGAGCAACAUGCCCCCUUUACUGGAGAAUAUGUCAAGUCCAUAGAGAAAGAGUGCAGGGAACUCAAGGUUGAGAAGAGGAGACUGGAGGAAAGACUAUCCACCCUGGCACAAACCAUUCAAGGUGGAGAGGUAUAUCCGUCUGGUCAUCAAGGAGGGAUUCAAAUUAAUCUUGCAGAAACUGAUGCUAUCAAAAGUCAUAUCCAGUCAUUGAAUGACACCAUUGGAGCCCUUAGAGCAGAUAAGGUUACAACUUCAGCAGAGUUGAGGAAGUAUCAGGCGAGACUGAGUCAUUUAGAAACUGAAAUGAACCAGAAACAAUACCAGCCGAGAGAGAAGCAGGCGGAAGUGGAUCAGCUAAGGUAUGAGCUCUCUACCCAGGCCAGACGCCAUGCUGCUGAGUCUGCAUCCUAUACCCAGAGAAUGAGUCAGCUAGAGCUGGAGCUGAUGGAGGCUAGGAGGGAAGCAGACGAGUAUUACAAGGGCACCUUACAGACCAAUCUUGAGGCAACCACCCUGGGGCAACAGGUUUCUGCACUGACUAUGGAUCUUGCUGGACGAGGUACAACAAGCAGGCAUGGGAUUCAGAGUGCUUUAGUGACACAGCUUCAGAGAGAGGUGCAUAACCUGAGGGCGCAACUGGCCAGAGUCAGAUCUCAACCAGGAGAUGAUGAGAACACAGACAUUAAUGGGCUGCAAGCCAAACUCAAGACGGCAGCACAUCACAUCAGUCGGCUAGCCAAGGAGAAACAAAAGCUCAUGGAGAUGGGGAAUCGACUACGAUCAGAACUCGCCCUCUACCGACCUUCACCUGCUCCCCAGCCCUCAAGAGGUCAAAGGUCAGCUGUAGGAGAGAGGAGCAUGACGGCAGGGAAGUUGGCAGAGCAGGUCUCUUCCAAGCUUCAGAACUUGGAGAAGCUCCAGUAUGUCCUCACAAAGCAGGAAUUGCAGUUUGCCAGAGGAAGAGGUCACAAUGAAGGGGUGGCCGAUGUUGUCCAGGUACAGCUAAGCUCAUCAUCGGAUUCAACACCAGAGAUCACACCUAGGAUAGCUGCACAUGCUGAAGACACACAACCUCUUCAAAGCAACCAUUCACAAGGUAAUCCCCCUCCACAAAUACUGCGGCACUCACACAGCUCUGAGGGGGAGGCCCCCAGCAGUGAUUCCUCAGCCAGUCAGAGGCACACACCACUAAUGAUGUCAUCACUAGGGGAGGAGUCUAUGCAAGAUGUGUGGCGUCUUCUGGAUGAUGGCGCCAGCCCACUAUUCUUCAGAUCACCCUCUCCAAUGCGCAAGCCAGACCACUCCCCUAUACCCGAGGAGCCACACCCCUCCAUCCCAUCCAGCAGCCACGCCCGCCAGCACCACAGCACAGGAGGCCUAGAGGUUGCUGGCCAUAGCACCCACUACAAGGUCAGAGGUUCAAAACCCUCAACCAAAUCAGAGCUAUCUGCCAUGGCCGCUGGCAGGGUACAACCCCAGCUGCAGCCUCCCAAGAGAAAAGUUAGAAAUUACGUGCAUAGGGACGGCGAUGUCAGAUGACAGUGAAUAAUUUAGGUUCUUCUUUUUUAAAUAGUGUGUUUUCAGUACUAACAAAUAUGGAGAAGUUCAUUGCAUGCUGUAUUAAAGCCCCUCUGAAGUGUUAGGAGCCCAAAAUUUGCUAAAAGAAUUAUGGCAAAACUGUGGUUUUCUGGGUACAACACAAAACCCAAAUAUGACAAUGACAUGAAUUCUUUUCCACAUUAUUUAAUAAGGAUCUAGGAGUUUUGUUGUAUAACACAUUAAAAACAAAUGAUGCACGUUUUCCUUCGUUCAUUACAGGAUCUUUCUGCUCUUGUUGAGGCUGUUCAUACACCUAUUGAUAGAUGCAUAAUGCCUCAACUCCAAGUGUGGAUAGAUCGUAUAAUGUUCUCAUUCGCAUGCAUCAUUUGUAUAUUAAUUGCAGAGAAAGCAUUCUGUUUUGUAUUAUUUUUUUCAUUUUUACUGAAUUGCUCUUUGGCGAUGUAAUUUAUCGAUUCAUUACUGAAGUGUCCUUUGAACAAGGAAAACCAUAUAUCUUAUUUAAUAACUAUAUGUGUGUAUAAAACAAGCUUUAACAUUUCUGAGAUCAUCACCGUUGUGUAAUUAUUGAAAGUCAUGUGUAGAAUCCCACACAAUUCUUACUAGUGAGGGUGCUGGUGACAGGUGCAGUGAUGUUCGAGUCCCGAUUUUUUUUCUUCAAAAACUAUGUAUAAAAUAAUACUGAUCUGCAAAAAUCACAUCAGAGGAAACAUAUCUGUGCCAAAUAUCGCUGUUGGUAUUUCUUGAAUACCUGGGCCUUGGGGUAGGUUUUUUUUUUUUUGGGGGGGGGGGGAGGGGGACAGCGCUAGCUACAAUGAAUUUCAUGAAAAUAUUUUAUUUUUUUUAAACUCAAGUAAACAACCCCGAGUUGGAAUGAUUGGAUUGUCACCAGUUUCCAUGGCAUUGUAUGCUUCUCUACAGUUACUUUAGGCAUUCCUGUGUAAUAAAAAUAUAUAUUCUAUUUAUUGUAUUCAUUAAAAUGUUCUAUGCUAGGUAACAGAAAAUUAAAUUAAAUUUUGAUAUCAUGCAAAA